UGGAGGAGAGGGAGGUGGAGGAGGAGGAGGAGGUGGGCAGGAGUAGAAGUAGGAGAUGGACAAGGAGGAGGGUGGAGGCGGCGACAGGGAGGAAGAGGAGGAGGUGGUGGAGGAGGUGGGAGCGCAGGAGGAGACGAACGAGGGAGGGAAAAGAGGGGGGAUACUAAGGACGCAAAGAGUCUACAGUUCGAAMCUCCCUACAGCCUGCAACCUACGGCGACCUACUUACCACUGGCUAUCGUGYAGGUCACGGGUUCAACUCCAGGGAACUGUGCAGAUACUGUACACAGGUCUACAGUUCGAAUCUCCCUACAACCUACAACCUACGGCGACCUACUUACCAUUGGCUAUCGUGCAGGUCACGGGUUCAACUCCAGGGAACUGUGCAGGUACUGUACACAGACCCUCCAACCGCUUCCCCAAGCGUCCUUAUGAGCGCCCUCCACCUAUGAUGGUGGAUGGUCACAAGGAGUUCGUCGUUUUCGAGAUUGUAUCUCGCCGUGUUUUUGACAAUACCCCUUCACGCAUCGAGUACCUUGUGCGUUGGAAGGGCUAUCCUGACGAGGAGGCUACUUGGGAGCCCCUCGAGCACUUGGAGCAUGCCCGGAUGUCGUCGAGGCUGCCCGCCUACAGGCUGAAGCAGCGGCUUCAGGCCGAAGCAGAUGCAGAUACCCAGGCACGCCGAAAGGAAGCCGAGGAUCUGCUGCAGCGGCAUGAAGCCGUCAGCAUCGAAAGACUCAAGCUUUGGCACUUUGAACCAUCUGAAGGGCAUGACGACGCGACACCGGAUGAGCAGCACAGGGAAUUCAUGGCCAAGCUCAUAACCAGGUUGGUUUACACUUGUAACCACGUGCAGUCUGAGCUGGCGAGCCUCCAGUGUGCCGUACGGAACCACAAGGCUCAGCACGAGGAUGCAGCACGGGCAGUAGAUUCCCGUGUACAGGACUUGGAGCAAGUAGCACCAAGAUCAGAGGCUGGCGAGUCCAGCAGUGCACCCUCUACCCGCCAACUGAAGGAACGCGUCGACCACGUCGUCGCAAUGCUCGGCGACAUCAGCACCUUCGAGGCGCCAACCACCAUCAGCAAACAGUUGGAUACCUUGAAGACCGAGGUUCAGCAACUGCAGCUGCCUAACAAGGAUGGCAACAACAUAAUGCAUUACAAGAUGCCGACAUUCCAAAUUGAGAAGUUCGAUGACUACGCGCAUCAAGACCCGGUCCUCUGGUGCGAAGGUUUUACGACACCACUUCGGAUUCUGUUCGUCGCCAAGCACGCGUACAUCGGCGCCUUGUUUCUCAACUCAAAGGGCGGAUGCCAGACCUUGUUGAGCCACCUGGCAUCCACCCACGGCGUCGACGUCGCAGAUCUGAAAGACAAGAUAUCAUGGGAAGAAUUAACACGACUAUGGAAGAAGCGGUUCAUCGUGGACGACGCACCUGCACUCGCCAUCAACCGUCUCUUCGACAUGACACAAGGCAACACAGCAACACGUGAUUGGCUGGCAGAAGAUCGCGGCAACACCCGGUCAUGUGUUGCAUUGAGCCUCGCACUUGGUGAUCGCGAGCAAUAUGCAACCUUCGCUGAAAUCAUUGACAAGGCGAGGGAGGUCAUCAAAACCAACAGGGCGGCUGUACACGAGAAGUCAACGUGGCAGCCAACCUAUGUGGAGAAGGUGAGAACUGGUCCGCGACCGCAGCAGUUCGCUGCAGUCCGAACGGACAACAUUAUGGAAGACCCGGCAGCCACCCAAGCGUCACGUGAGGGAGAUCAGGUGGCUGUUGUCCAGCCGCGAAGCAACAACAAGCCUCGAGGAAACGGGAAGGCGAAAACCACAUCGCCGGCCGGAAACGGACAGCCAGCACCAUGGGUCAAGUUUAACGUGAUCGAGGCGGAGUACAAGCACCGCGGCCUUUACGGCUGCUGCUAUUGGUGCAACAACACCAAGCACAAGACCUCCCAAUGCCCUGAUCAAGGCAAGGAGGAUGUUCGGCCUCUACCAACUCCGUUGAUGGACGCCGGAGUAGAGGUUGUCGACCUUCACGCCUACAUUGCGAAGAUCGACCGCGAGUUCAAGACGCAACGCUCCUCCUCACCCUUCAAUCAGCUGUCACGUGGUGUCCGCCGCAAGCAUGCGAGCUUCCAUCAUCAGAGACGACAUCAAGGAGAUGGGGGUGUGUUUUCUCCAUGCCCUCCCGCCCUAUCUUCGGACCCACGCAUCACCGAGCUUCUCGACGCCUACGGCGACGUGUUCGAAGGCCCGCAUGGAGUAGUUCCGGAUCGGCCCAUCCGCCACGAGAUCAUCCUCGAGGACGGGUCCGUACCUCCGCGCGGUUGCAUAUACCGAAUGAGCGAGGAAGAGUUAAGUGUGCUACGGGCACAACUCGACGACCUUCUAGAGAGGGGCUGGAUUCGGCCUAGCUCAUCGCCAUACGGUGCUCCUGUUCUCUUCGUCCGGAAGAAGAACAAGGAUUUGCGGUUGUGCAUCGAUUAUCGCAAGCUCAACGCGCAGACGAUCAGAAACGCCGGCCCUCUCCCACGGAUCGACGACCUUCUCGAACGACUGGGCAAGUUCUUCUCCAAGCUGGACCUCAAGUCGGGAUAUCACCAUCUCGAGAUUCGGAAGGAGGACCGCUACAAGACCACGUUUAAGAUGCGAUAUGGGCAUUUCGAAUGGUUGGUCAUGCGAUUUGGCCUUACGAAUGCCCCGACCUCUUUCCAAGCGGCUAUGACAACGGAGUUCCGACACAUGCUGGAUCGAUUCGUACUUAUCUACCUCGACGACAUCCUAGUGUACAGUCGGAGUUUGGACGAGCAUGUGGAGAACACCUACGUAACCGUUUUGGAGCGGCUACGACAAGCCAAGUACAAAGCCAACUACGACAAAUGCGAAUUCGCGCGCCAGGAGCUGGAGUACUUGGGACAUUAUGUGACGCCGCAAGGCAUUUGUCCGCUUGCGGACAAGAUUGAGGCCCUCCGUGUAUGGCCCGAGCCCACCAACACCACGGACGUUCGUUCAUUCAUGGGGUUGGCGGGCUACUAUCAGCGAUUCAUCACCGGAUACUCAAGGAUUGCUGCACCUAUGGCGAGAUUACAAUCGCCAAAGGUGCCAUUCGUAUUCGAUGACGACGCACGCCGGUCAUUCCAAGCACUUGAGACGGCCAUGCUCAUGGCACCCGUCCUUAGCAUCUAUGACCGCACCCUGCCUACGAGAGUGACAACUGACGCUUCCGACUAUGGCAUUGGGGCAGUCUUGGAACAACACGACGGCGAUGACUGACACCCUGGGGAGUAUUUCAGCCACAAAGU